UGUGAUGGCGGUGGUGGUAGUGGUCAUAGUAGUAGUAGUAGUAGUAAUAAUAGUGGUAGUAAUCGUGGUAGCGGUAGUGGCCGUAGUAGUAGUAAUAGUAGUCGUAAUAAUGGUAGUGGUAGUGGUAGCAGCAGCAGCAGGGGUCGUAGCAGUAAUAGGGGUAGUAGUAGUAGUAGGAGUGGUAGUAGUGGUAGUGGUGGUGGUAGUAGUGGUAGUGGUGGUGGUAGUGGUCGUGGUGGUGGUGGUGGUAGUGAUGGUGGUAGUGGUGGUAGUGGUGGUCAUAGUAAUAGUAGUGGUAGUAGUCGUAGUGGUGGUGGUAGUAGUAGUAGUAAGCAUCGUGAACACCCAAUUUUUUCUAGGCCCAUAAGAAAUAUUAAAUAUAAAUGA